AGAUCCCUCCAAGCUGGCACAUCCAUCGGUUGGUGCGAGCCAUGCGUAUUACUAUAUAGCCAGCACUGACGAGGUGUACGUCCUGGUCGAGCUGCUCAAGAACAGCCAACAGAUUCGAGCUUUGUUUUCGAUUCAGUAUGGGGCAUGGAAGUGGUCCUGCUGCUGUUGGUGAUCAGCCAGGCUGCAGAGUCCUUCCCGCCAUCGAGGAGGAGCCGGAUCAGCCGGAGAUGACGAGGCUGGCCGAGCGAAGGAAGGCCAUCGUGGCCAGGAUGCGGGAGCUCCUCAGCCGCGCCGCCGCCGCGCAGUCUGCUCACUCCAAGCUCCGCCGCUCCACCGUCGCCACAGCCAAGAAAUGGAAGAGAGCCGUCGGCCGGAUCCAGAGGAGGAGCAAGAACCAUCAGCAGGUAGCAGCUCUGCAGGAAGACGGCGGCAUGCUGAGCUCGUCGUCGUCCGUCUCCAGCCAGAGCAGCUUCAGCUGGGACGCCGCCGCGGAGAGCUGCAGCUGCUGCUCAGCGUCUGCCAGCUGCUUGUCCCCUGCCAACGUCUCGCCGCUGCUGUGGCCGGCGUUCGUGUCCACACAGCGAGCCGAAGCGACGGAGGAUCAGCAGCGGCGAGAAAUGUCCUCGCCGGCGACCAGCGGGCUGCGGCUGUCAUGCGGCAGCUCCUGGUCGGAGGAUGAUGACAUGAGGAUGGCUCACUGGGUCACCACGGAUUCGGACUUUCUCGUGUUGGAGCUCUAGCCAUGGAGACGCUCAUCAAGAAGGUCAAUCGAGGCACAAGCAAGAACAUUUGCAUAAAGAUUCAGACAAGUCGAUCGCUACUGCACUGCGGCGGCCAGGGGACCUCUCUCUUCUUCUGCAUGGGCUAAGUGGGCCAUCAACAUGGGCCGU